AUGUCCACGCUGCCUGAAGAACGUGUCCUUAAACCUCUCGAUCCAGUUCCAGAUGAUGUGAACGAAUGGCCAGACUUUGCCCUACGAGAAGCCAAGAUAUUUUAUCAGGGCAAGGGUCGAUAUGCAGACUUGUUAGAGGCGUCUGAAGAGGUACCGCUGUGCGUUCUGGGAGAAUUGAUGCCGCUAGAUGAUGAGCAGGAUCAUCUCGUGUUGAUCGAGAAUCCGCUGUACGCACGAAUAAAGAUCGAGAACGUUACAAAUUAUAGCUUUGGUCAAAACGAUGAUGGAAAGCCAGUCAUAUGGGCUGCAGGGAAAGCAGGCUGGUACGAGAUUGCGCCUUCAGAUCGAUACCUGAGCCAUUACAAUGAUACUGUGGAGGCGAUCGAUUUGUUCUAUUUCAUGGUUGACCAGCAUCAAAAGCUGCCAGGAAAACGACAGCGAUUUGGAUUCCUGAUAGAUCCAUUCCUUACCGAAUACCAAAAACAUACAGGAUAUAGAAUCGACGAUGAUGACGAGGCCAUGGAAACAAUUCACAAACACCAUAGAUUUCUUCUCAAGCAAAUGAUCGAGGAGAGAGAAGGGAUUGACUGGUCACAGACACACCUCUGGAAGCAUCUAGCGGAGACAUAUGCCGACGAACUAGAGGAACUUAAGGCGAUGUUGGCUCGUGCGAGUCAGAUCAGUGUAUCGGAAGAGCCCGAAUCCACAGAGGAAGAACACGCGAAGUUACAAGAAGAGUCAGGCGAUUCAGACGAGUCCGAUCAAGAGUCUCGAGAAGUAUCAGAGGCUGCAACAAGUAGCGAGGCAGAAGCCAAACCGGAACCCAUCGAUUGGACCAAACCUAUAUGGGACAUGCUCAAUAUACUUCGAAAAUCAGCGAACUUCAACAUGCGUCAUUGUGGUAUUGAUGAGGCGGCAACCGAGCUAGAGAAACUGCCGGCAUUCGAAGGAACCCAUGAGGAUGCGGUGGCUGCUUUUGAGCGGUCCGCAGAGCCACUUCUUCGAUUGAUGAACGAAGCCAAACUCCGGAAGAAAUUCAAUUGGUCUACCCGGAGGAUAUAUGAUGAGCUCGAAGCCACUCUAGCGGAUGAGGUGGCAGAGGAGAUCAUGAAAACGCCAGGCAAGUUCCAGAAACAGCGGCAUCGCAUGAAAUCAGUCCUUCGUCCUAGUGGGGCCAGCAAGGCACACAAACGGGCACGAGGAGCAGUAGAUUCUCAUGACGAGGACGAAGAAAUGAGCGACGUUCCUGUUUCCUCUCCAGUAGCCCGACGCCAAGGCCCUCCGCUUCCCAGUCGACUGAGAGAGACAACGGCUGAAUCGCUCGGCAGUCGCGAAGAUAGCCCGAGCCGACAACUAAACGGUCAUUAUGAUCCUGACGCUUUGCCCGAACUGCCUCCAGGUCCGGAAGCGCAAGAGAUGCUCGAUCUAGUUGCCCAGGAGGCGAAGAGAGUAGGCAGGCAACACCAGACGACGCAUCUCCAAGCCUUCUUGGGACAGUGGGUGAUAUAA